UGUUUGGCUGUCGCAACAGUGAAAAGGAGCUUUGUUCUAGUCCCUUGUGUUGUGGGAUGUUAAACAGCUGAAGCUCUGCAGCAUGGCCCAGCCGAGGGAGAAGCUCAGCACACCGACUCACAGAGGCGUCGUGAUCCCAGAUGAUUGGCCGGGGUACCGUCUGGAUCUUUUCACCUAUCCGAAGCAUUACAGCGAGGAUCUGGACUGCGUCUACAUUCCACAUGGGGUCAUCAUGGACCGGACGGAGCGACUGGCGCGCGACAUCGUGGACGAUCUUGGUGACCACGACAUCGUGGUUCUGUGCGUGCUGAAGGGAGGUCACCAGUUCUGUGCCGACCUGGUGGAACGCAUCCAGGUGCUGAGCCGCAACUCCAGCAAGUCUUUACUCAUGACCGUCGACUUCAUACGACUCAAGAGCUACCUGAAUGAUCACUCGACACCGGACGUCCAGAUGAUCGGCGCCGAGAGUCUGUCUGUUCUCACCGGGAAGAACGUCCUGAUUGUGGAGGCUAUAGUGGACACGGGCAAGACUCUGCAGACGCUGCUGUCUCACGUCCAGACCUUUAAACCCAAACUGAUCAAAGUGGCAGGUUUGUUGGUGAAGAGGGUCCCUAAUCAGGCUGUCUGUCUCCCUGACUAUGUUGGCUUUGAGAUUGCUAACCACUUCGUGGUUGGCUACGCUUUAGACUAUAAUGAAUAUUUCAGAGACCUUAAUCAUAUCUGUGUGAUGAGUGAAGAUGGGAAGCAGAAGUACAGACUCUGAUGCCUCUUGGUGUGUGUGUUUGUGUGUGUGUGAGAGAGAGAUUCUGUCCUCGUGAACUAUUCUUGCUAAAAUCACCCAGUACACACUAACUGUACAUUGCGAUGUUAACUUUAUUUCAUGUAAAAUCCUAACAGAAUGUCGUAUCGGACUGUAGGAGUAUUAGACUCCGCCCACUUCUCCCUCAGGCUGAGCGUAGUGUAAAUUCUCCGCGUCUCUGUAAUAGAAGAGCAACCGUAAUAACAGAGAGAUAAUUAUAGUUAAUUACUGCUGGAGGUGGAAAACCCACUGAUGUAAUAGUCCAGAGAAUACGGUACACUCUCCUCACACUCUCCUCCCUCUGUUUAACUCCACCACACAUUUCACAUGCACGUGUGUGUGUAGCGUGUAGAUUUCUAGAUAAUCUUGUUAUGGUUGAACUUCGUUAUUACCGCGCCUGGGACGGAGUCCACCAGGGGGCGAGGUAUUGUUUUCAGUAGGUGGGGUUUGUUUGUUAAUGAUGUUACAGGAAAACGGCUGGACCAACCUUCAUGAAACUUACAGGAUAGAUGGGCUCAAAUAGAACCACCAACAUUUUGGGGGUCAAGUCGAGUUUAUCUGUAUAGCACUUUUAACAAUAAACAUCGUCGCAAAGCAGCUUUACAGAAUUUGAACGACUUAAAACAUGAGCUAAUUUUAUCCCCAAUGAUGAAGCCUGUGGCAACGGUGGCAAGGAAAAACUCCCUCAGACGACCUGAGGAAGAAACCUCGAGAGGAACCAGACUCAAAAGGGAACCCAUCCUCAUUUGGGCAACAACAGACAGCAUGACUAUAAUAUUAACAGUUUUAACAUGAAGACAGUUUCGUUGAUGUUAUAAACUCUUCAUUGAUGGAAACUUGAGUGCAAAACUGUUCAUGACAACUGCAGUCCUAAAGUUAGCAAUUCAACUGUAGUCCUCAGCCAUAAAAGCUGAGUCAUCCGGUCAAGGUCAAGGUUUGUGUAGCUACUGCUUCAUAUAGAGGCGGGAGUCACUACAGCAUCCAAUCGCACAGUACGGUGUGUUCUGACUGGCUGAAAGCAGUAUGGUGUGUUCUGAUUGGCUGAGAGCAGUAUGGUGUGUUCUGACUGGCUGAGAGCAGUAUGGUGUGUUCUGACUGGCUGAGAGCAGUAUGGUGUGUUCUGACUGGCUGAGAGCAGUAUGGUGUGUUCUGAUUGGCUGAGAGCAGUAUGGUGUGUUCUGAUUGGCUGAGAGCAGCAAAGAAUCAGAAUCAGCACCAUGUUUUUUGGCCAAGUCUGUUUACACACACAAGGUCAAAAUCACGGUCAAGGUCACCAAAAACGUCAAAAUUGUUUUUUCGUGAUCUCUUCCUUCAUAUUCAUCAUUAGUGUUACCGGGUGAGGUUUGUUUUGCCUGGCAACACUUAUUUUUGUGACUCUUAUUUCUCCACAUGUUCAUUUCCUGUGAUGAUGAUAAAAUUACACAAAUCAGAAUUCUCUCAUCUCAUUAUCUCUAGCCACUUUAUCCUGUUCUAAUCGAUCCAUUUUUUUCCUCCUCUUUACCCUAAAUAUAGAUUUGUACAGAACUUAUUCUAGAACUAUGCUCCCAAAUCCCAUAUACUACCUUAUUUAACAGAAAUAAAAAAUUUUUUUCUCUCUA